AAGAACGCGAAAGAGUUCGAAAACACGCACCCAGAAGCCGUACGCGCCAUUGAACGAUGCCACUAUAUGGAUGACUACCUACAGAGUUUCAAAACCGAAGCGGAGGCACAAAAAACCGCUCAAGAAGUAGAUCAGAUCCACAAACACGGCGGUUUCGAGUUACGCGGCUGGGCAAGCAACCGAUCAACCGUUAUACAACAAUUACAGACGGUUAAACCCGAAGAACAGGUUAAAAUCGGUCAAGACGGACAAACAGAGAAAACACUCGGAAUGUUAUGGAACAUCGGUAAAGAUACACUUCAAUACACACUGAACUUGAGAAACACGCCCCGUGACGUCAUCGAUGGCACACGCCCGCCUACGAAGCGUCAAGUUACGAGCGCCGUCAUGUCAGUGUUCGACCCGCUAAACAUAGCCACGCCCGUCCUCAUACAAGGCAAGAAGUUAAUUCAACACUUGUGGCGUGAAGGAAUUAGCUGGGAUGAAGAGAUACCCGAACGAUACAUAGCCGACUGGAAAGAAUGGAUACAAGGCCUAGAACAGCUGCAGAGCCUUCACAUCCCUCGUUGCACAUUUUCUUGUGACGAGGGGGAGAUGCACACAUUCGUAGACGCCAGCGAAACUACAUAUGCUGCGGCUACCUACUGGAGGACGACUCAAGAUGGAAUACCUACCGUGAGACUGGUCGCCGCAAAAGCACGCGUAGCGCCACUGAAAAUAACUUCAAUACCGAGACUAGAAUUGCAAGCCGCGCUACUGGGCUGCCGACUAGCAUCCAACGUAGAGAACGAAAAUUCAGCAAAAGUCACGAGGAAAUACUAUUGGUCCGACUCACGAACAGUGUUAGCGUGGAUAAAAUCAGACCCGCGCACUUUCAAACCGUUCGUGGCACACAGACUGGCGGAAAUCGAAGAGCUAAGCAAAACCACCGAAUGGAGAUGGGUGCCGACUAACGAAAACGUAGCCGAUGACGCCACACGACGAGCGCCUCGAGAAUUCGACCCCAAUCACCGUUGGUUCAAUGGCCCAGCCUUCCUGAAAAACCCACCAACUAAGUGGCCAGUGGACCGGAGCGAGCCCUCGCCCGUCCCAGCGGAAGAAAAUAAAAAGACUGUCGCAGCGAUAAAAGUCGUACAUACAGAAAUACCUAACCCACAGAGAUUCUCCAAAUGGACACGCUUACUGAGAGCCACUGCACGCCUAUUACAGUGUGUCGACGUGUUCAAGCAACUCCUGAAACAUGAAAAGGUCACCGCAAUCAAGCGCACCGUGAAAGACAGUACGUGGCGAAAAUACGAUAAGAAGAAACAAUCACGCCCGUCACCGCUCACCGCGCCCGCGUUAACCCACCGUACCUACCUACCUAUUCAGCCUGAAUACCUACAAUCGGCUGAAAAUCUGCUCAUAAAAACAGUGCAAAGAGAAAGCUUCAACAACGAAAUAAAGUGCAUAACAAAUAACAAACCACUAGAAAAAGACUCUCGCUUGAAGCGAUUAUCACUGAAAAUCGCUGAAGAUAUCCUGAAACUGGACACGAGAAUAUGUGCCGCCAACUGCAUAAGUGACACAUAUAAACACCCCGUAGUGCUAGACGGAAGACACAGAAUAACAAAGUUGCUCGUCGCUCAUUACCACAGCAAGUUCAAUCAUGGCAACAUUCACACCAUAAUGAAUGAGAUUCGCCAAAAGUAUUACAUAACUUCGCUCAGAGCUAUAGUCAAGACCACCGCUCGAGAGUGCCAAUGGUGCAGAACCCACAAAACUGCGCCACUGACGGCACCAAUCGGUGAUUUACCCGCUGAAAGGUUAACCCCGUACCAGCCGCCGUUCACAUACACGGCCGUCGACUACUUCGGUCCGCUAACCAUUACAGUGGGCCGAAAGACUGAAAAACGCUGGGUAGCUCUAUACACGUGCAUGACAACACGCGCUGUACACUUGGAAAUAGCCACCUCAUUGACCGCCAACGACAUGAUACUCACACUAAGAAGAUUCGCGGCGAGGCGAGGCAUGUGCUCUGUACUCUACAGUGAUAACGGCGGAAACUUCGUACGUGCAAACUCAGAACUGAAAACUGAAUUCGAGAAACUGAAAGACCUAGCUGGCGAAAAAGGCAUAAAGUGGAAAUUCAUACCGCCCGGAGCUCCUCAUAUGGGCGGUACGUGGGAACGAUUGGUCCGCACAGUAAAAACCGCACUGUACGCGACCCUGAAAGAAAGACAACCACGUGAAGAAGUGUUACAUACACUGUUAUUAGAGGCUGAACAUCUGGUUAACUCACGACCACUAACACCACCAAGCCUAGAUCCAAAUGAAGAAGAGAGCUUAACGCCUAACCACUUUUUAAUUGGCCGAUCGAACGGUUGUCCACGCAUCGGCGAUUUCGAUGAAAACACCUUGAUAGGUACACCCACGUGGAGAACAGUGCAAUACCUAACUGACACGUUCUGGAACCGCUGGCUGAAAGAAUACUUACCUACACUGUCACCGAGGCCGAACACUGAAAACCAUCCUGAAAACCUGAAACCCGGUGACAUUGUGUUGAUAGUCGACUCGAACUUACCAAGAGGAGUCUGGCCUAGAGGCGAAAUAAUGACUAUACACCCAGGCCCAGAUGGCAGGACGAGAAUCGUAGAUGUCCGAACAGUUGCUGGAACGCUGAGAAGACCCAUAACAAGACUCGUGAAGAUCACCUGAAAAGGAAGUACCGUCUCAUACGUGUGGUGCUCAGUACUCAUCUUCGCACGAGGGGGAGAACUGUUACGGAUACUUAGUUUUAAGUUAGGUAUAUAAGUUAGGUAUUAAGUUUUGAUUUGUUAGUUAUAUUUUAUUGAUUAUUGACUCAGUUUACCUACCAUUAUUGUUGUAAUAAACGUUUAGGUACUGAAAAUAAAUAUAUGUAUAAUAAAGAAGUAUUAUUUUGAGUUUAUGUUAUAAAAGAAUUCUUUUAUGUUAUUGUUACGAUUGUUACCUAUUGUUUUAUAUUUUAUUAAAAGGAAUGUUUAGUUUUAAGAAGAAAUAUGUAAUAUUAUGUUAAGCUUUUUUACUCAAUAAACCAUGGUGCGGGGGCGCGCUGCCGCGCUAGCAUAUAAAUGGGUGGUACGCCGUAAGCGGCACCUCACUUCGACUCCAGCCGCCCACGCAGCAACAACUGAAGAAA